UGUUUUAUUGCGUAGGAAGUGUUUUACGCAAAAUCGUUUGUAACGUUUACUGUCCCCAAGCUCGCUUCAUUAAGAGUCUUUCUAUCGAAUGCCAAAUGUGAUUUUUUUUUACACUUUCGAUGGUAUUACUAUCGAUAUCACUAAAUCUAUAACGUAAUUUACUAAACAGCGUUUUUACUAUGUGAUUUUCCUUUUCAAACGCCACGUCAUCUGCUUUGACCGAGCUGCCGUGAACAUCUCACCGACAUGCGUUCGUAGCGGUCUAUUCGGAUUGGCAGGAUCACUAGCACGAGAAAUAUGGGAGACGAUUUAGGGGACGACUGGUGGAAGCAUGACGAUAUUAGUGCUCUGGUUCUGCUCUUCACAUGUUAAACUUCAUAUAUCAACAAAGGAAGUUCCCUGCGGCUACUUCUUGCAUUGCUCACAAGCUCGCUGCAUACCAAUAGAUGGCAGCCAUGUAGUCAACACAUCGACCUGAUUGUGUUGGACAGCUGGGUGAUGUGAUGUGAGGAGGAUAUUGAAACAUGAGUCCGGAAGAGUUUUUAUUCAGGAUAGGUUAAUACGAUACAUUAAUGUCACACAUGAUCCUUGCCAAAACAAGAGACUUGAUGAAAAAUAGCAGAACAUGCAGGAAAAAGUUACUCCAGUCAAGAUGCAGUUGAGGCAGAUGAAGAGUCAGAGCAGGAGAAAGAGCCAGCAGAAAAGGCAAAGACAAAACCAGAGAAGAGGAAAAUGGUGACAGAGAAAAGCCCUAAAGCCAAGAAGAAGAAAAAUAAUGAUCAGAAAGGGUGUAUAACUCCUCAAAAGAAAGAAAUAGAAGAUCAGCAGUCAACUAAACCCCAAAAGAAGAGAAAAAGAAAAAAGAAAACUAUCACAGAUGUUUUGGCCACCUCGGAGCCAAAGCCGGGCGGUGCAGCUGACCUGCAGGACCUGAUUACUCGGUACUACUCAGACAAGCGCUCCGUGAUCGAACUGGAAGAGCUCAAACUGCAGAACUCCUGCUUUCUAUCCAGUAAUGACUUGACACACACACUCUCCUCUUAUCUGAAACAAGUUUGUCCCAAGUGGGCAAAGAUCCAAAAGCAGCAUUCAGAAAAGAGUUCAGUGGUUAUACUGAUUGUCUGCAGCUCUGCACUUCGAACUAUAGAACUCCUCAAGCAGCUGACUGCUUUCAAGGGCGAAGCCAGAGCAAUGAAGCUUUUUGCUAAGCACAUCAAGAUAGAGGAGCAGGUCAAGCUGCUGCAGAAAGGCAUCACACACAUCGGAGUGGGAACACCAGGCAGGAUCAGCGCUCUCAUUGACAAAGAGGGUUUGAGCCUGCAGGCUUUGAGGUACCUGGUUGUUGACUGGAACUGGAGGGACCAGAAGCUCAGGCGGAUGGUGGACAUUCCUGAGAUCAAACUGGACUUCUUGAAGCUGCUGGAGAACGAAGUCCUGGCGGCUUGUAAAGAAGACAAAGUCAAAAUUGGACUAUUUUAAUUGAACAUCUAUGUGAUCUUAUUGUUUUUAAAUGAUCACUGAGGGGCCUCACACUGUUUGUUUCCUACUGUGUUUAUGUCUGCUUCUCAUUUAUUCUAUUUUUGUUAGACCAGAGUUUCUACGAAGUCUUGAGAAGUCUAGGAAAGUAUAAAAUAUCUUGUUGUUUUCUAGGUCUGGGUUAGUAUGGAAAAAUGUUUGGGUGUCCAGAUUUUAUUCCCCAUUUAGUUUUCUAAAACGUUACAGCCCGAGUUUGCCUCUCAACCACUUUAAAUCAGACUUUUAAGCUGGACCUGGAGUUUGGUGUAAUUGCUAUACAAAACUUUGAUACUGCUGUUUUCACAUUUCUACAAAUAGAAGUAAGCAUAUCACAGAAUCUGUAUUUACUAAAAUCAAGCAAAUGGAAGACGACUUCAGAGUGAUGUUUCAUGAAAAUCUAACUUCUAUAAAAACAGUUAAAGGCACCUUCCUUGUACUUUGACUAUAAUAGCUCAAAAGCUUCAUAAAAAUGCAGAACUAUAAAAAGAACUAUGACAUUGUGGAGUGGAAAGGAUAUACGAGCCGUUUGUGUAAAAUGCACGUCAAAGUGUGAUGCGUGGAAUAAACUAGCUCAACAUAAAA